AUGCUCGACUACCUCAAAAGGCUGAUCUCUUUUCACUCCAGGCACAACAUUCAUACUGCUGAGCUCUUGGAAUUAUGUGAACUCGCAUGUUCGAAGGACAAGACCACCCCACCAUUCAGCAUCCUACACCAUGCGGUCCGGGGAGGAGACGCUGAUUUCGUCGAAGUACUCCUGAAUAUCGGCAAGGGCUUCGUGGGCCUGCAGGACAACAAGGGAAAGACCGAUCUUCACUACGCUGCGAAAACGGGCGACACGCGCCUUGUUCGCGCGUUGGUCGAGCGCGGCCAGUCCGACAUUUUCGCACACAGUAAGCGCGGUGACUUGCCCAUCUGCCUGGCGAUCCGUGGUGGUCAUCUACCCGUGGUCGAGUACAUGCUUGACCAUUCUCGCCGCACGAGGAAGUCUUACUUCGACAAGAAGCCCCGGUACUCGUUCAUGACAGACGCUGUUGCCCACCCCGAGAUAUUGCGGGUUCUUGCUCAGCACUGCUGUGCCAUCGAAGGGCAUCCGGUGGCGACGAGCCAGCUAAUAUUCGAUGUGGCCAUGUCAGGGAAAGCUGGCGCCGUGGGGGUAUUGAUCGAAGCCGGGCUUGACAUCGUGGACCUGCAGGACAACAAGGGAGAGACCGCUCUUCAUUAUGCUGCGAAAAUGGGCGACACGCGCGUUGUUCGCCAAUUGGUCGAGCGCGGGAAGUCUGACGUUAUCACACACAGUAAGCGCGGUGACUUGCCUAUCUGCCUGGCAAUCCGUGGUGGUCAUCUACCCGUGGUCGAGUACAUGCUUGACCAUUCUCGCCGCACGAAGAAGUCUUACUUCGACAAGAAGCCCCCGCACUGCUGUGCCAUCGAAGGGCAUCCGGUGGCGACGAGCGAGCUUGAAAGGUAG